AUGCCUCCAAAAGACAAAGACGCGAUCGAGGCCCUCGCGGCUCUCGUCCAAACAUCCUCCGCCCUCCUGGAUCAACUCCAAGCGGUCCUGUCCGAAACACACAAGGCUCCCGACUCGGCCACCUCCAGCUCGCCCUCACCGUCUCCCCAGCCAGACCCAAACUUCAAUGCCCUAUCGCUCGCUCACGCCUCUGCAUCCCUCAUCCGCGCCCACGGCACCAAGAUCUCGCUUCUGAUAAUCACCGAGCCCUUCGCACCGAGUGCCGUGUCAGCCGUCGUGCGGGAACUCGUCGCCGGUCCCGUCCCCGGGCUGGUCUCCGCCGCCGAAGCCUGCGUCGCGAAGCAAUACACAGGCACUGUCCGCCGGGAACUUGCCUGGCGUGCGCGGCGCGUCCUCUCCGGACUCGGCCAACUGCUACACAAGAUCCCCAACGACGGCAAGCUUGUCGCGCAAGACGAGCGGGACGCAUUUGCAAAGGGCGAAAGGGGCAGCUUGCCGGCCACGGGCCUCCUCUGGUCAGCAUGCGACAGUGUCACAGACCUUUCCAACAUGGGCGUGGCGGGCUUCUUUAUCCACAAGGUCGACCAGUGGAGGGAUAUCCUCAACGACGUCAUGGACGAGAUGAGGGAAUGGGGCGACGAAGAAGCCGACUCCGAUUCCGAUUCCGACCCCGUCCUGGACGGCCACGUCGACAACCCGUCCGACCAGCCCGGCUCCGAAUCCCUCUCCGCCCAAGCCAUGCUCGACUCCCUCGUGAACUCGCACCAGACGAUCCCCUCCUCCGACCCAGAUCGCAUCCGGCCCCGUCUCGAAUCAUCCCUCAAGCGCCUCCGCCUCGUCACCCUCCUCUACCGAGCCCUCGCCAAGCGCCGCCUCAAGAGGCUCCCAGCUUUCCCACCCGCAAACGCCGCCUCCGACGUCCCCUCCCGUCUGGACGAAAUGGCCAAACUCCUCGCCGAGCUACCCGACAGCUUUGGCGAUCUGGCGUGUGCCUUUUACGAACUGCAGCCAUCCGAGAUUGACAAGACCACGGAACGGUGCUUCCGUGACGCCUUUGCCGCCAGCGAGUUGUUCGUCAACGACUGGGACAACAAACGGGACUCGUUUUCAGAAUGGACGGAAACGUUUCAGGCCGAGAUUCAAAAGAUUUGA